GCGUCCUCGGCGGAGAGGCGAGCUGCUGCUCGGCGGGUCAGACUCGGUGCGCGCGGACCAGGGGGCGGACCGGCCAGUCGCGAGCGGACGGAGCCACACGGAACCCCUCGGAGGCUGGUGUCGACAGGGCGCCGGACGUGUUCCCGCUGUGCCGUCGUGUGGAGCCGGUUCUCGGCGCAGGAGAAGCGGACUCGGAGCCACAGGUAGCGGGAGACCUCCGAGUGCUACACGGUCAUGUGGAUUUGUGCGCGGCACCAGUGACUCGGACGGAGACAGCGACCACAAGCAGGAAGGAGAAGAAGCGGACUCCUGGUCCCGCCAUGUCCCGGAGGAAGCAGAGCAAACCCCGGCAGAUCAAGCGUUCUCUGGGCGAUCUGGACGGCAGCGAGGAAAACACAGACAACCAGAGUGUGUCAGGCGAAGAGGGCGGAGCCUCGGACCCCGAAGACUCUGCGGAGGGAGAGAGCUGCAGCCCCACGCCGCACACUCCGGCCUGCGAGGAGCCCAGCUGUCAGGACUCGCCCCGAGCUCCGGGAGAGGACCACCGGAAAGAUCCAGGUGCGACGCCCAGCGGCGCCGAGGAAGAGGAGGAUGCAGAGGAAGACGGUCCUGCUCUCCAGUGGGACGCUCCAGAUGACCUUCAGCUGACGGAGGACGACGCCGGCAGCAGCAGAGUCGUGGCCCGCAGGGAUCUUCACACCGACACCACAUGGGGUCCGUACCCGGGAACCAUCCGGUCAGAGGUUGGCACCGGCCCGGGUCCAGAGAGCUGCAGGACCAGUCUGGCGUGUGAAGACCCUCGGUGCUGGCUGGGCCGCCUCAGCCUGACCUCCGACCCGGCGGCCGCCAACCUCACCGUCUACGUCCAAGGCCAGCGCUUGUUCUGCAAGGUGACGCGAGAGGUGGCGGCGGGCGAGCGCCUCCUGGCCGCCGCCGUCCUCCCUCCGGCCUCCGCCACCCCCGCGGGUCAGAACCAGGACCAGCCCUCGUACCCGGCAGCGCUUCACUCCGACAUCCAGCUGCUGCCUCAGCAGGCGGGCAUGGCGGCCAUCUUGGCCACCGCCGUGGUCAACAAGGACAUCUUCCCGUGCAAGGACUGUGGGAUCUGGUACCGCAGCGAGCGGAACCUUCAGGCCCACCUGCUCUACUACUGCGCCAGCCGGCAGAAGCAGCCGGCGGCCGCCGCCUCGCCGCCGCCGCAGGACAGGCCCAGAGAGUCCUACCCCAACGAGCGCGUGUGCCCCUUCCCCCAGUGCCACAAGAGCUGCCCGAGCGCCAGCUCCCUGGAGAUCCACAUGCGCACGCACAGCGGCGAGCGGCCCUUCGUGUGUCUCGUCUGCCUCUCGGCCUUCACCACCAAAGCCAACUGCGAGCGCCACCUGAAGGUCCACACCGACACGCUGAGCGGCGCCUGUCACGGCUGCGGCUUCGUCUCCACCAGCAGGGACGUCCUGUACAGCCACCUGCUCAGCAGCCACAUGCUGUGUCAGCCGGCGCCCCGCACCGAGGGCCACUCCCCGGGAGCCGCUCCGCUCAAGCCGCCCCUCAGCGCCGGUCUCGCUCUCGGCGACUCGGGCGUCGUCCUCAAGUGCCAGGUCUGCGGCCACAACUGUGACUCCGCCUCCCAGCUGCAGCAGCACGUGCGCACGCACCUGGACGUGAGGGUCCCGGCCGAGCGCAGCCCGACGCCGCGCCGCAGCACACCGUCCCCCCAGGAGAGGGAGCCGCCGGCCUGCGUCCCGCUGCCAGACUCGUCCAGCCCGGGCGCCGACGGGAGCGCGGCCGCUCCCCUAGGCUGCAGUCCUCCUGACGUGAAGGUCAAGGAGGAGCCGCAGUCCGAUGGGGAGGCGGAGGAGGCGACGGCAGAGGCGACGGCGGGUGACGGCGCCACAGACCAGGAGCCGGAGCAGAAGCCUGCUCGGCCCAGCGCCACCUGCCAGACCUCCAGCUCGCCCAAGAGUCCCACGGUGAAGGCGGAACCCACCAGUCCCACCCCCGGCUCCAGUCCCACGCACAUCGGAGGGGCGGCCUCGCUUUUCCCAGGGGGCGCCGUGUUCCUGCCGCAGUACAUGUUCAGCGCCGAGGGAGCCAUCUUGCCCCAGGCCUCUGAGAUCCUGGCCAAGAUGUCGGAGAUGGUCCACAGUCGGCUGAAGCAAGGCCAGGCCGCCCCCGACUCCCCGGCCGCCCUCUUCCAGAGCGGCGCCGCCACCACUGCCACGGCCGCCGCGCAGCCCCCCAAGGGAGCCACCUGCUUCGAGUGCGACAUCACUUUCAACAACAUCAACAACUACUAUGCACACAAGCGGCUGUACUGCUCCAGCCGGCGCCACGCCGAGGCCUCGGACCCGGGCUCGGUCGAGCCGCCUCCCUGCGGCGCCGCUCACGCCUCCAGCGGCUCUCCUCAGGAAGGAGCCGCCGGGCGAGCGCCGUCCGUCUCGCCGACCCGCUCCGAUCCCGCCGCUGUCCCCGAGGUGAAGGCCGAGGCUGCGGCGGGGAGGGAGCGCGUGUCGUCUGCCUCCGAGGGAGAAGGCGGCGGCGGCGGCGGGCGAGCCAGCGAGGGCAGCCAGAGCCCGGCCAGCGGCUCCACCGAGGAGCUGGACGACGACCCCAACAAGACCUUCUGCGAGGCCUGCAACAUCCGCUUCAGUCGCCACGACAACUACAUGGUCCACAAGCGCUUCUACUGCGCCUCCCGCCACGACCCGUCCCACCAGCGCUCGCUGCACUCGUCCAAGUCGGCGCCCUCCUCCCCCUUCGUCCCGCAGCCCAUCCGCAAGCGCAAGAGGAAGAAGAUGUACGAGAUCCACAUGGCGCGGACCGAGGCCCUGGCCAACGCCGCCGCCGCCGCCGCCAUCGCUGCGGCCAACUCUGCCGCCGCCGCCGCCCCGUCCCCCUCGGUGCUGGGUCUGGCCCUCAAGCAGGAGGCGUCUCCCGGGGGCACCGGCGGCUCCAGCCCCGAGGGCGAGGGACCCAUCGACCUGAGCAAGAGGCCCCGGCUGAGGGAGGCCCCCCGGCCGGCGCUGCCGCUGACCGACUACCACAAGUGCAGCGCCUGCAGCAUCAGCUUCAACAGCAUCGAGAACUACCUGGCCCACAAGACCUACUACUGCCCCGCCACCACCCUGCAGAAGCUGACCCUGGAGCAGAUCCAGCGGCUGCAGAGAGCCUCCCCGGGCCCCGGCUCCAGCAGCCCCUCUGAGGUCUCCUCCCCGCCCUCGGCCCCCCGAGCCUCUCCCCAGACCGUCUGCCCGUACUGUCCCGACAGGGUGGUCGCCGCCGACUUCGUGGAGCACUUCAGGAGCGUGCACGGCCUGGUGCUCAACAUCAAGCUGCCUCAGGAGCCGUGCAGGAGCCCCCGAGGCCACGCCGACGGCGUCAACGGCCAGACGCCCAGCGGGCCCCCGUCGCCGGCCUCCCCGCGGGCCAAUGGAAGUCCCUCGGCAGGAAGCGGCUCCCCCUCCGGGGCCCCGGCGCAGACCACCUCCUCUGUGCCCGAAGUCAAGAGGGAGAGUUCCCCCGCCGCCGCCUCGCACCCGUCCUCCACCAGCCCAGUGCCGACUCACGUCCAGAACGGGAACUCGCGCUUCUGCCGUCUGUGCAACAUCAAGUUCAGCAGCCUCUCCACCUUCAUCGCCCACAAAAAGUACUACUGCUCCUCACACAGCGCGGAACACGUCAAGUGAGCCCCCCUGCCUCCCUCCCUCCCUCCCUGCCGCCGCUGACAUGAACCGACUGUUACUCGCCAGGACGCCGCUCGGGCGGCCUCGCUGGCGGAAGUGAUGUCCCUCCCCCCGUGGGUCACAGCCGGUAGUGCCGCGCCACGCGCUACUCACCUGACCGCCGUGGUGCGUUGUGGGACGUGUCACAUGUCGGCAGCUGGCUCACAUGUUACCGGGACUGAAGGACUUUUCUACUCAUUCGUUUAUUACAAGGGAAGAAGAAGUAUUUAUGUUGACGAGCCUCCUUUGUUCUCCCGCCACCGUCGCCACGGUAACGGGGUCUGGUCACGUGGUGGGCCACGAAGUCACCUGACCUUACCUGUUGUCUUUGUCCGGAGAUGAAGGAACGCGGGAGACACUCCUGAGAAUAAAACCUUGAACCUCCUGGACUCUGACUCGUGACCUGCUUCACCCCUCGCGCUCCUCCACCUCAGUCUCCGCUGACGGAGCGCUCGACCUUCACACGCGAGUCAGAGAUGAUGUCACUGCUGCAGCAUGAAUCACUUUGGAUCAAACUGAAGCUUUGCAGCGAUCGACGACCCUGAAACACACUUCCAUCACUUCAGUCUCUUCACUCAUGCUCCCUGACUCCUCUCAUGCUCCCUGACUCCUCUCAUGCUCCCUGACUCCUCUCAUGUUCCAUGACUCCACUCAUGUUCCCUGACUCCACUCAUGCUCCCUGACUCCACUCAUGCU